AUAUCGGCCCUGACGUCUCUCGCCCGCUUUUGUCUCCCUUUUUUCUUUGUUUUACUGAUUAUUGGCGGUGAUUGCAUUUAGAGGAGACAAAUCUGAUUGUAACCUUCCGUUUUUCCCAUCUCCUAUGAAACGCCAGUUAAAGAAAUUGGGAAUUUCUUGCAGUUUUAACCGUUCCCUAACUUUCAUUUUAACGACGUGGUUUCAUCUGUUGGAAUAAUCUAACAUCAUCGAUUUGCAAAGGUUCAUUUCCGCUGCUCAGCACUGUUCUACAUGUAAGGCUUCCGGCUCGUAGCCCUUGCUAUUUUAAAGGUUGGCGUACCUUGAUUUAUGCGGUUUUUAGACAACGUUGAUGUUGAUGGUGGUUAAGAACUACUUGAACUUAUGGAAAUGAAAAGACACGUAAGAUGGAAUUUUAACGUUUUUCUUACAUUUGCAAUUUUCUCAGUUGAAAACUUUUGAGCAAUUGAAUUGAAGAAUUGAUUACUGCACACUCACCAUUCAAGUUCUGUGUAAAUGAGAGAUUGAGUUAUUGCACUCUUCUUUGAUGAUAGGUUUUGUGUGCACUGGUACACAAGUCGUGAGAGACAUGUCAACAAAGAUCUUUGAUCCCGUAAACAUCUAGAAAAUGGGCGGGUCAGCGAAUUAUCUGUGCAUAAAAUGUGAUGGAGGGGGGAAGAUGUUAGUCUGUAGUGAUAGUAGUUGUCCUAUAGUUGUACAUAAGAAGUGUAUGGGUUGCCGGCCUUACUUCGAUCGCAAAGGAAACUUUUACUGCCCAUACUGUUUAUGCAGACAAACAACUGCAGAGUCGAGUAAAGCAAUGGAGCUUGUUUUGCUUAAAAAGCGAGCUCUGUCCGCUUUCCUGAAUAAAGAAACAGUUAACAGUGAGAAACUACUCCCCCAACCAUCUCAUGUCUUUCAGAGUAAAUAUAACCAUGAUUCUGUAGACGAUAAUCCCAAUGCUUCAGUGGCUGGAAAACAAACAGUUUCUGACAUGAUUGUUGCUGAUGGAUGUGAAUCUAGUGACAGACGAGAGCCUAUACGGAAAUUUAGGAUUGUAGAAGUUGGCGAUAGGAUGGAUGCAGAACAUGAUUCAGAUGUUGAUGGCCAACCACUUCAUGAUAGAGAUGUUGAAGAUCCUCAAGAAGAUGGCCAACCAAAUGAGAUACCUGAACGAGAAAGGAAAAUGACCGGAAAAUGUAAACAAAUUUCUGUGCAAAAUGAUCUGAGGAAUGAGGAUUGUCAAGAAAAUGGGCAACCAAAGAAGAUUCCUGAAGGUGAGAGGAAAAUAAAGAGAAAAUUCAAGCUCAGGCUAGCAGAAGAUGAACAAGAGGUUAAUGACCAACAACUAUAUAAAGAUGCUGAAGAGGGCUGCCUGAUUGAUGAAAAUCAACCAGAAGUUGAUGACCAACAACCAGAUAAGGAUAUUGAAGAUCGUUUGAGAGAAAUAUUAGAAAGCGGAGUGAACAUCAAGAAGAAAUCCAUGGAGGUGCAAGCCGAGAGGAAAGAAAAUGAAGCUGAUGGUGGUGCAGAAUCUGAUGCCAUUUCAACAGAAAGAGAACCCAUUAUAAUGAACAAUGAAACUCAGGAUGAGCCUUUAAAUCCUUAUCCUAAAAAGAGGUCAAGUUCGUCAGCUAAUACAUCUAGGAAAGUUUCAGGUCUAACUGAGGAGACAAUUCCCCAUGAGAAGUUCCAACUGGCUGGAGAGCAUUCAAAGGGACGGAAUUAUGCAUUUUGGAAUGGAAAACGUAAGAAGGUAAGGUGGAGUGAGGAAGAAGAAGAAAUGCUAAAGGAAGGCGUUCACAAAUUCUCCAUAACAGCUAAUAAGAAUAUACCAUGGAGGAAAAUCUUAGACUUUGGUCGUCACGUGUUUGAUGGGACCCGUACGCCGGCUGAUCUCAAGGACAAAUGGAGAACUUUGUGGGCUAAUAAGGUGUAGUAGAAGUUUUAAAGUUUCUUUGUAGCAGUUUAAAUACCCGGAAGUCAUUUUAGAAGUUCUCUUCUGGUGGAAUGAAAAGAAUGAAAAGACAGCUAAAACCCUUACAUCUUGCGUAGGGUGCAGGGGUUUGAUUGGAAUUCUCCUGUUGGGUUAUAUAUGGGCUAAUUUUGAUGGUAUACUACUGCAUGGUGUCCUUGUAGUUUACAUUCCUAAAUUCCUUUCCCUGUGAUCUGUAUUUUAGUUCCGUUCUUUUGUUUUUAUCCAUAAAUUGUAGAUAAAGAUUAUAGAGUUAAA